UUGAAACUAGUGGCCGUUUGAACUCCAACUUUCAAAAAAAACUUCAAAAAACAAAACAAAAACAAAAAUAAAAACCCAAUCUUUCACUUCUCCUCUUCAAUGCAACUCUCUCUUUACUCCAAAUAGAGCUAAACUUUUCUCCAUUUCAACACUAACCCACAAACUUAAACCAAAAACCAAAUUCAAAUCCACAUUUUUCAGCUUCUUGGCGGUGGAAAAUUAAUUAUGGCAGGUCUAGUAAUGGUGACCAAAGGUGGUGGCUGCGGCGGCGGCGGAGGCGGCGCUGCUAGAGGAGGAAGAGGGACAGCAAAAGGGAACAGUGAAGAAGAGCAAAAUCAGCUGUCAAUGAUAGCAAUUUUGGUAGCUGCUAUAAGGAAAUCACUGGUGUCAUGUCGUUUUGAAGAGAGAGAAGAUGUGAUGCCUAAUAAUAGUCCAGUUCAUCAUCAACAUCAUAUGGAGAUUGGUUGGCCGACAAAUGUUCAACAUAUUGCUCAUGUUACGUUCGAUCGGUUCAAUGGGUUUUUGGGUUUGCCGGUUGAGUUUCAAGUUGAGAUUCCUUGUCGGGUUCCUAGUGCUAGUGUCAGUGUGUUUGGUGUCUCAGCAGAAUCAAUGCAAUGCACUUAUGAUUCAAAAGGAAACAGUGUCCCAACUAUUCUCUUACUAAUGCAGGAAAAGCUUUACUCACAAGGUGGUAUAAAGGCAGAAGGUAUUUUUCGGAUCAACCCAGAAAACGGCCAGGAGGAGCUUGUGAGAGAUCAGCUGAACAGGGGAAUUGUGCCAGAUGAUAUUGAUGUACAUUGCUUGGCAGGACUUAUAAAAGCCUGGUUUCGAGAGCUUCCGUCGGGUGUGCUGGACGGGCUUUCCCCUGAACAAGUUCUUCAAUGCAAUACAGAAGAUGAAAGUGUUGAGCUUGUAAAGCAGCUAAAGCCAACAGAAUCUGCAUUGCUCAAUUGGGCUAUUGAUCUCAUGGCUGAUGUUGUGCAGGAAGAAGAGUCCAACAAAAUGAACGCUAGGAAUAUUGCAAUGGUCUUUGCUCCAAACAUGACUCAGAUGUCUGAUCCAUUGACAGCACUUAUGCAUGCUGUACAAGUAAUGAACUUUCUCAAGACUCUAAUCACAAAAACAAUACGAGAACGCGAAGAAUCCGCUUCCGGAGGAUAUUCACCCAUGUCUUCUCAUUCAUCUGGUCAGCAAACAGAUGAAGAUUUCGAUAGUCACCAAGAGAUGGAAACAAGUGGUGAGCUGAGACACCAACCAUCGGACUAUGAUGAUAAUGCCCAUUACAGCGCUGGCAGUGAUGAUGAUGCCGAUGACGGUGAUGAUGAUGAUGAAGUCGAGUCAUUGACGGAGAUAGAAGAAUGCUUCUUGAGGCAAUUCAAUGAUAUGAAAAGUGCUUGCAAUAAUUUCGUUAACCAAAUAGAAUCUGCAAUCUCGUAUACAGAUAGCAAAGUCGAAAAUUCAAGUGCAGCUACAAGCGACGGUGAAGACUCUAGAGGAAGUACGGUUGAUGUAGAACAAAAGAUUGAUCGAAGAAGACCAUCAUCAGACGAAUGCCGAAGCUCUAAUGAUGUAGAGAUGCUCGACAAAUUAGCUUAAUAUGUCGUCCUGAUGCAUCAAAUUCCAGAUUUUCGUUUGCUUUCUCUAGUUGCGGUUGGUUUUGUAAAUUAACACCGCAUUAACUUGUCGGGGCAUUGCUUCAACUUCCAGUCAUAGGUUGUUUGUGAGUCAUGGUUCAGCUUUGAGCUGAACUUGAGCUUGUUUUGUUAGUUUCUUCAGCUUGGAGGUGACAUUUGGUUUACGUGUUAGACCAGUCGUAUUCAUGUAUGGAAGUCUAGUUCCAUUUCUGUGUAUCAAACGGAUCAGAAGUCUGCUAUGAUGAUUUCUUUUUAGUUUCAGUCAACUUAA